AUGUCAAGUGAAGUGACAAGAGCUGAAAACGAAUAUUCUAAAAAGACUCAUAUACAUUAUAUUAACCAAAUACCAAGUCUUAAGGAAACAUUAGAGACAAAAGCAGAUAAGACUCAUACACAUUCUAUAUCUGAUAUUACAAACUUACAAGAAACCUUAAACAGGAAAAGUGACGUUGGACAUACACAUUCUAUAUCUGAUAUUACAAACUUACAAGAAACCUUAAACAGGAAAAGUGCCGUUGGACAUACACAUACCAUUGCAAAUAUUACAAACUUACAAGAAACCUUAAACAAGAAAAGUGACGUUGGACAUACACAUUCUAUAUCUGAUAUUACAAACUUACAAGAAACCUUAAACAGGAAAAGUGACGUUGGACAUACACAUACAUCUUCUGAAAUAACAGACUUAAACGUUAGCCUUGAAAAUAAAGCAGAUAAAACAUAUGUCAAUGAAAUAUACCAAAGUUUGAUAGGAACAAAAAAUAUUGAAACUAUUGUUGGUGACUUUUCUGUCAAUGAAGAAAAUAAAUAUUUUAGAUGGCAGUUGGUACAGUCCUUAGAAAAUGGUACACGGUAUAAACUCAUUCCGAAAAAUAACAAUGAAAUGUAUGUAAGCUAUAAAAAGAAUGAUGGUACACAAGUUAAAGUUCCAUUAGACAAUAACUGCUACUUAAACUUAUAUGGAGACGAACAAAAGAAAUAUUUAAGAGUUUAUGAAAUGGCAGAUAUGACAUUGCCUGACCCAGCUCCAGCACCACAUUAUUAUGACUAUGGAGAUGACGACAGAACACCACAUGUAGAUGAACAAAAGCUAACAUUAUAUUUAGAUUAUUAUAGAUAUAAAAGAUAUAAUGCAAUAGAAAAAACGAGAAUA